AAGCAACUCUAUCACGUAACUCAUCAAGAUUGGAUGGCACUGUGAAAAGGUUGAGUCUAUAAAUUGCAUGGAAGCAAGACUGCGUCUCCACAAGCCUUUCCAUCUAGAGAACAAAAAUUACCAGUGAAAGAGAGAGAGAUACCAUGGGAGGAAACAGCUCAAGGCCAUGGACUGACCUCAGCGGCGAGACCUACUGGGAGGGCAUGUUGGAUCCUCUGGACGAGGAUCUCCGGAUGUACCUCGUACACUACGGCGAACGAGUCCAAGCCAUUUCUGAUGGGUUCAACGGCCAGGCGGAGUCGAAGGGCUACGGCCUGCCCCGGUUCCCCAUGGACAAGCUCUUCCAGGAAGUGGGUCUCGAGACGGCCAAUAACCCGUUCAGGUACGAGGUGACCCGGUACUUUUACGUGCCGACGAAGUUGCUCGAUCUCCCACUGGUUCCAGACAGGUCUUGGGCCGGGUACGUCGCGGUGAGCACCGAUGAGGUGACCACGAACUUUGGGAGGAGGGACAUCUUGGUCGCUUGGAGAGGAACGACAGAGCCCUUGGAGGCCAUCUCUGAUCUUAUCGACUAUCUGGUCCCUGCGACCAACAUUUUCCCAAAAGACGAGCACAAGGAUGUCCGGAUUCACGGUGGCUGGCACAUGCUGUACACGAAAAGUGCUUUAUUUGAUCCGUACGUGAAGCAUAGUGCCAGAGACCAGGUUCUAAUGGAGGUCCGGAAGCAAGUGGAUCUCUACGCUGGUAAAGAUGAGCCGAUCAGCAUAACAGUGGUCGGCUACAGCAUGGGUGCGGCUUUGGCAACGCUCAACGCGCUGGACAUCGUGACCAACAAGUACAACGUGCCCACCGACCACCCUGAGAAAGCCUGCCUGGUGACGGCGUUUGCCUUCGCCAGCCCCAAGGUCGGGAACGAGAGCUUCCAGGAGUUGUUCUCAUCAUCGGAGAAGCUCCGUGGCCUUCGCGUGGUCAAUGCCAUUGAUAUCGUUCCCUUCUUCCCUCCAGUCGGAUAUGACCAUGUCGGAGAACAGCUGAUGGUCGACUCGCGCAAGUCCCCAUACCUGAGGCCCCUCACCAGUAGUCUUUCCGGCGCCAUGGGAAUUGCGCAUCAGUUGGAGACGUACCUGCAUCUAGUCGCCGGGACCCAAGGGAUCAGUAGUAACCACUUUGAUCUCAAGGGCCGACGCGAUAUUUCGCUGCUGAACAAGAAUUGGGAUGCCCUGGACGAUAGCAAGUACAAAUUUCCGGUGAAGUGGUGGGUGGCGAAGAAGAAGGACAUGGUCCAGAAUGGGAACGAUGGGAGCUGGAGCAUGGCCGCUCCGUACAUCCCACCUCGACCAGAAGAUGAUCAGAACGAAUAGUCCCAAGUCUGAUAAGCUAUUACCGAUAAGUUGCUACUUUAUGACUUAGCAGCAGCAGCAGCAGCAGAAUAAAGGUUCCUAAUGCAAAAGUGGAGUUGUCUGAUUGAGUUGUACUACGUGGACUAAGUUAUGUGUGUUGCACUGAUGUUCCUAAGCUAUAUGUCCGAUCUUUUGUUUACCUUCAUGUCCUGAAAUAAUUAUGGUAUUAAAUGCAAAUUAAAGAUUGUUUCAGUAUUAUUUGUUUUCUUAUAGUAGUUUUAUUCUGUAAA